UCAAUCUGAAAUUUACCAGCCGAGAUUUUAGAACACAUGUUUCCUUUUAAUUCAUCUUCGCCGAGAGGUCUCUUUGCCUUCUUUUCUUCCACAGCGUAAGUUUUUUUUUUUUUUUUUUUUCAAUGGAUCCUUCAAUUUUCAAGCUCCUUGAAGAAGACGAGGAUGAAUCGAUGCAUUCGGGAGCUGAUGUAGAUGCUUUCCAAGCUGCUCUGAAUCGAGAUAUUGAAGGUUCUAUGACAACUUCAAUGCCACUCGGGACGAAUCCUGGAAACAACCAUCCUCCCAGCCAGCAGUUUGCGCCAUGGAAGAAUGGUAUUGGAGAUGCUAAUAUCAAUGUCCAGACGCAGCACAGCCUUGAAAGUACUCAGAUGAAGGAGCAACAAGGAUCGACUUUAGAAAAUCAACAUCAACAUGAUUUGAAACGAGCCAAUGAAUCUCAUUUACAACACAACCAGCCUCAAGACCUUCAUCGAGCAGGUCAACUGUGGGAGAAUCCAUCGCAGGUACCCCAAACAAUUGGGUUGCCGAUUUCUGAAAAGAAUCCUACUGGUAAUGAACCAGAUAGAUCACAUAAUAUUCAAGAGAGUGAGUCUCAGUAUGUGAAACUGCAAAAGAUGAGUAGUCAACAGGCUCGGGGAGUGGAACCGUCUGCUAACCCUAUGAACCGCAACCCUAAGCAAGUGCCAUUUGCUGCUUUGCUUCCUACCUUAAUGGCCCAACUCGAUAAAGAUAGAGCACUGCAGCUCCGUACCCUAUAUGCUAGACUUAAGAAAAAUGAAAUCCCCAAAGAGGGGUUUACAAGACAUAUGAAGGAUAUUGUAGGCGAUCAGAUGCUCAGGUUGGCAGUUAGUAAACUGCAGCAGAUGAACUAUAACCAAGGAAAAAUUGGGAUUCAAGCUCCUUCUACUGAAAUCAAUAAUCAAAAAUCUCAGUCUGAUCCUCGUGCAGUCCACCUUAACCAACUACCUUCCUCAACUUCAGGCACCUUAGGCAGUUCAGCUACAGUACAGGGACUUACCAAACAUCCGCAGCACCAGAUGCAGCAUCCACCAAGUUCUUUUCCUAUGUAUACUACCUCUGGUAGUUUUCACUUCCAGAACAGCUCAUCAUUACCUCUAAAUUCUGCACCUGGUCAAGGAUCAUUAGUGUCCCAUGUUAAGCAGGAAUCAGUUGAUCAAAGUUUUGAAAAGAAUAAUGCCACCUCAGUGACUUCGAAUGAGGACUUAGAGAAGGAUUCCUCCAGAAUGGUUUUAUCCACACCUAACAACAUGGCGCCUGCAAGCUCUGUUUCUCCUUCCAUGACAACUCAACUAGACGCUAGCACAACAAUGAAUUCUCGUGGCCCAUUAGGAACCUCUCAAGGAGGAAUUAAUGCUAGGAUGCCACCCAAAAAGCCUUCUGUUGGUCAGAAAAAACCUCUUGAGACAUUAGGUUCUUCACCUCCACCACCAAGUAAGAAGCAAAAAGUAGCAGGGAAUUCUAUGGAUCAAAGUAUUGAACAGCUCAAUGAUGUCACUGCAGUCAGUGGCGUUAAUCUCAGGGAAGAGGAAGAACAAUUAUUCUCUGGGGCCAAGGAGGAUGCUCGUGUUUCCGAAGCAUCUCGGAGAGUUGUGCACGAAGAAGAAGAAAGAUUAAUCUUGCAUAAAAAUCCGCUGCAGAGAAAACUGGCGGAAAUUAUGGCGAAAGCGGGUAUAAAGCAGAUAAGCAAUGAUGUCGAACGGUGCUUAUCUUUGUGUGUGGAGGAAAGGAUGCGAGGAUUAUUAUCCCAUAUAAUUCGGUUGUCAAAGCAGCGGGUUGAUGCUGAGAAAUCUAGACACCGGACUUUCAUCACAUCAGAUAUUCGCCUACAAAUUAAUGAAAUGAACCAGAAGGUGAAGGAAGAAUGGGAGAAGAAACAGGCUGAAGCUGAAAAGCUUAAGAAACCGAGUGAGAGUGAAGAAGGUGAUGGUGGAGUUGACAGUGAGAAGGAGAAAGACGAUAACCGUUCAAAGGGUGUGAAGGUAAAUAAGGAGGAUGAUGACAAAAUGAGAACGACAGCUGCAAAUGUUGCUGCUCGUGCUGCUGUCGGAGGAGAUGAUACAUUUUUAAAAUGGCAAUUAAUGGCUGAAGCUCGUCAGAAAUCUGUAUCUGAAGGUGGUAAAGAUGGGAAUCAGAAAGCUACUUCAGGUGGAGGAAAGAACUCCAAGGACAGGCAAGAUGGUGGACGACGGUUUUCUGGAACUGGUGGUCGAAGAGUAGGAAAAAACCAAGGUUCGUCUCCUCAACCAAAAGUGGUGAGGACAAUCACUGUGAAGGAUGUGGUUGCUGUUUUGGAGAGAGAGCCGCAGAUGUCCAAAUCCACUUUAAUGUAUCGAUUAAUUCAAUAGAUAGCAGAAUCAUUAUUUAUAAGCUUCUGAUGAUAAUUUAAUCGUCAAGGCCCAAGUGAUUUAUACCAUUGUCUAUUGUGUGGCCAUUUCAACCUCAAACGUCAAUUCACAAUACAACCCCUAAAGAUUCAAAACUCAA